AUGGUAAAAGUCAAGAUCAUUAGUCGUUCGGAGUUGGAGUGGACGAAGGAUCGCUCUGCCGAGGUACCAAAAGCCAACCGUAAUUAUGACCCUAAGUUCAACCCGAUGUCGAAACAGGUUGAAUUUACAAGAGCUGUGCGUGCCGCUAAAUUAGACAGAAUGUUUGCCAAACCUUUUGUUGCUGCGUUGCAGGGUCACCAAGAUACAAUUCGAUGCAUCGCAACAGAUUAUAAAAGUUUGUCAACCGUUGCUACCGGCUCCAUUGAUGGUGAACUGAUGAUAUGGGAUAUGCUAGCGAGAAAAUCACGAGCAGUUAUCAGCGCUCAUCGUCAUUCUAUUGAGGGUGUCGUUAUUUCGCCAGAUGGUGUUGCUUGCUUUACUGCCUCCCGAGACAAGGUUGUGAAGAUGUGGGAUUUGGAUCUUGGAGGUUCUGAAGAGGCUGCCGAACCUGUUGCAGAGUAUUUGGGGGAUUUUCCAUUUUCAUCUAUCGAUCAUCAUUUCCACAAGCCCUUAUUUUGUACUUCAUCUGAUACCAUUAGCAUUUGGGAUAUAAAUCGUACCCAGCCCAUUCAGAAGUUCUCAUGGGGUGAUGACACUAUCUCAUGCUGUCAAUUCAACAAGGUAGAAGCAAACAUAGUAGCUUGCUGUAUGUCAGAUCGAGGUGUCUUUAUUUAUGAUACACGCAGUCAGUCUGCCCAUAGCAAAAUUGUAUUAGAAAUGUGCUCCACGUCACUCUCAUGGAACCCGAUGGAUCCUAAUGUUUUUGUAACCGGUAGCGAUGAUCGCAACUGCUAUUUGUUUGAUAUUCGCGUCCCCGGCAGACCCCGGAAUGUGUUCCAGGGUCACAUUCAACCAGUGUCAUCUGUAGAUUUUUCCCCUGCAGGAAACAUGUUUGCAGCGGGGUCACAGGAUUACACCCUGCGGAUAUGGGAUAUUAAUCAGAUAACCAAGUCAGACUCUUUGGAGAUGUUUCAUACAAAGCGCAUGGCUCGGGUUUCCUGUGUUAAAUGGUCACCAGAUAAUAAUUAUAUUUAUAGUGGCAGUGAAGAUGCCAUCCUGCGCGUGUGGAAGUCAGAUGCGAGCAAGCCUAUUAGACCUUUGAGAGGACCAGAAAAGCAUUCAUUUAACUAUAUGCGUAUGUUGAAAAACCGAUACCGUAAUUUUGUUGAAGUGAAACGGAUCAGUAGUCAGCGCAAUGCUCCAAAAGCUAUUUUGCGUGCCUCUAAACGUUUGAAGAAAGCUGGCAAACGAGAAUUGUUUAAAGAAAUGUCCCGUAGGAAGACUGAAAACAUUAAGCCACUGGCUAAGCGCAAAACCUAUGACUAUGUCGAGUAA